AUGAUGUCUCUUUGUUCUACAUUAGCUAUGGGUUUGUCCAACAGUGUCCUGUCUGAGGAAGAUCUUCAGUGCUCCAUCUGUCUGGAUGUGUUCACUGAUCCAGUCACUACUCCAUGUGGUCACAACUUCUGCAUGGUCUGUCUCAAAGAGUGCUGGGACAGCAGUUCACUCUGCCAGUGUCCAGAUUGUAAGGAGGAAUUCUCUAAAAGGCCUGAGAUGCAUGUGAACGCUUUCAUCUCUGCAAUGGCUGCCCAGUUUAAGAAAUCAUUUCAGGUGGAAUCCAACAGCACUGCAGAUCUGCUUCUCUCCAAGAUGGUUCUUUGUGACUCCUGCACUGAGAACAAACAGGAGGCUUUAAGGUCCUGUCUGGACUGUGGGGUCUCCUACUGCCACCCUCAUCUGCUGCCUCAUUCAACUACAGCUAAACUCAGGAAACACAAACUUAUCGAUCCUGUGGAGAACCUGGAGGACUACAUCUGCCAGAAACACGAGAGACCUCUGGAGCUGUUCUGUAGAGACGACCAGAAAUAUGUGUGUCAGUUCUGCACUGAGGGAGACCACAUAACUCACACCACUGUUCCUAUAGAGACAGAGAUCAAAGAGAAGAAAACUGAGUUGAGGGAAAUGCAGGCCAAUGUACAAAUUAUGAUCAAGGAAAGAAUGAAUAAGAUCUAUGAACUCAAAAACUCUGUGGAACUCAAUCAGAAAACCACAGAGAAGGAAAAGGCAGACAGUAUGGAGGUCUUCAGUUCUCUGGUGCGCUGUAUUGAGAGAAGCCAGGCUGAGCUGCUUCAGGUGCUGGAGGAGAAGCAGGAAGCAGCAGAGCGGCAGGCUGAAGAGUUCAUUAAAGAGCUGCAGCAGGAAAUCACUGAGCUAAAGAGGAGAGACACUGAGCUGGAGCAGCUCUCUCACACCGAGGACCACAUCCACCUCCUACAGAUGUACCCGUCCCUGUGUAGCCCUCCACACACCAAGGACUGGACUGACAUCACCAUUAACACUCAUCUGAGUGUGGAGACUCUGAGGAGAGCUCUGUCUCAGCUUCAGGAAACACUCAGGGAGGAAAUGGAGGAACUUGGUGAGACUGAACUGAAGAGAAUUCAGCAGUUUGCAGUGGAUGUCACUCUGGAUCCUGAUACAGCUCAUCCUGAUCUCUUCCUGUCUGAUAAUGGGAAACAGGUUACAUAUGGAGACAUAAGACAGAAUCUCCCUGACAACCCAGAGAGGUUUGAUCAUAGUCUCAGUGUGCUGGGAAAGGAGGGGUUCUCCUCAGGGAGGUUUUACUAUGAGGUGCAGGUCAGAAGGAAGACUAAAUGGGUUUUGGGAGUGGCUGGAAAUACCAGUAAAAGAAAGGGAGAUAUUAUAAUUAGCCCUGAGGAUGGAUACUGGACUGUGUGUCAGAGGAAGAAGAAUGAAUAUGAAGCUCUAGAGUCUCCCUGUGUGUCUCUCUCCUUGAAGCAGGCUCCCCAGAAGGUGGGGGUGUUUGUGGAUUAUGAGGAGGGUCUGGUCUCCUUCUAUGAUAUUGAGGCCAGGUCUCAUAUCUACUCUUUCACUGGUCAGUCUUUCACUGAGAAACUCUACCCGUUAUUCACUCCCUGCCUCAGUACGGGAGGUAAAAACACAGCACCUCUGAUCAUCUGUCCUGUUAAUGACGUCAGAUCUUAG